UAAAACAGGUGUUUGGAAAAGGUGUUCUAUUAGAGAAGGGAGAACCGGUAGUUAAUAACCAUCAUUCGGAGAGCCGACCGGAGGACAAGCUCUGUUGCUUUCUAUUUCUUCGCUUGCAGCCCGGUUGCACAUUUAUUUGAAAAGGAUUAAAUUUCCUGGUCAGGUCGACCUUUCAAGACUAGUGAAUAUUUCUAGUGUCUCCAUCGCCUUUUUUUGUUUUAAGGUUGAUGGGGAAACAGUCUGUUGAAAUUUUGUCUAGGUGAGUUGGACAUUCUCAGAAAUGAGACAGGGGGAAGGAAACGGACUUAGAAGCCCGAGAGCAAAGCUGCAGCUCACGGCCUGAAUAUCGUUCGGCCCCCUCACGCCCCGCCCGUGACCCCAGCGGAGACCCCCCGCGGUGGCGUCAAUAUCUGGUCCGCCCUUCGCCGGUGUGUUGCCAGCACUCGCCGGCCGGCGGGGCUUUGUGGCAGGGGCAGAGCUGAAGGCGGUUCCGGAGUCCGCGGGGGGCUUCGGAAGGACCCGCUCUGCGCUCGCCCUCUCCUGGGGCGGCUCUGCCUCGGGGCCGGCGCGGCGCCCACCAUGCGGCGAUCCCCGCGGUUCCCGCUGCUGGGCGCGAUGCUCUGCGCGCUGCCCUGGCUCCUGCGGGCGGCGGCACCCCGGAGCCCCGCGCAGCCCCUGGCUCAGCGGCGCGACCCCCACGACCCUGCCAGGGGCGCCGAUUUCGAUCGCGUCUACAGCGGGGUGGUGAGCCUCAGCACCGAGACCAUCUACGCCUUCAACUACACCAGCCAGCCCGGCCAGGUAAACGCCGUGCGGGUGUAUGUGAACAGCUCUUCAGAGAACCUCGACUACCCAGUCCUGGUGGUGGUUCGCCAGCAGAAAGAGGUGCUGUCCUGGCAGGUUCCUCUGCUCUUCCAAGGACUAUACCAGAGGACCUACAACUACCAAGAAGUGAGCCGCACCUUAUGUCCCUCAGAAGCAACCAAUGAAACAGGACCACUGGAACAACUGAUAUUUGUAGAUAUAGCAUCCAUGGCACCCCUGGGGGCCCAGUACAAACUGCUGGUUACCAAGAUCAAGCACUUCCAGCUACAGACAAAUGUUGCCUUUCACUUCACUGCCAGCCCCUCUCAACCCCAGUAUUUUCUAUACAAAUUUCCUGAAGACGUGGACUCAGUUAUCAUUAAAGUUGUAUCUAAAAUGGCUUAUCCGUGUUCUGUUGUCUCAGUCCAGAAUAUCAUGUGCCCAGUGUAUGAUCUUGACCACAAUGUGGAAUUUAAUGGUGUCUAUCAGUCCAUGACCAAGAAAGCUGCCAUCACACUACAGAAGAAGGAUUUUCCCGCUGAGCAGUUCUUCGUGGUGUUUGUGAUAAAGCCGGAAGACUACGCCUGCGGAGGAUCUUUCUUCAUCCAGGAAAAGGAAAACCAAACCUGGAAUCUACAACGAACAAAGAACCUGAAAGUGACAAUUGUCCCUUCCAUUAAAGAUUCCGUUUUUGUGAAAUCCAUUCUUCUCAGCUUCCUCAUCUUCUUCUCCUUCUAUUUGGUGUGCCUGCUGAUUGCAUUUGUUCAUUACGUCAGGUUUCAGAGAAAAUCCAUUGAUGGAAACUUUGGUUCCACUGAUGACUCUGGAACGAUGGCGGUGUCCCAUCCCAUUGCUGCCAGCACCCCAGAAGGGAGCAAUUAUGGGGCAAUAGGCGGGUCAAGCUCCAGUCCCGGCAGGCAGAUGUCCUCCCCUGAGCGGGGCCAGCCAUACCAGUCAGACACGGACAGCUCUGUGGAGGAGAGUGACUUCGACACCAUGCCGGACAUUGAGAGUGACAAGAACGUCAUCCGGACCAAGGUGUUCCUUUACCUGUCAGAUUUGUCCAGGAAGGAUCGGAGAAUUGUCAGCAAAAAAUAUAAGAUUUAUUUCUGGAACAUCAUCACUAUCGCUGUGUUCUAUGCACUACCUGUGAUCCAGCUGGUCAUCACCUACCAGACGGUGGUAAAUGUCACCGGAAACCAGGACAUCUGCUACUACAACUUCCUCUGUGCUCACCCCUUGGGCGUCCUGAGUGCCUUCAACAACAUUCUCAGUAACGUGGGACAUGUGCUCCUGGGCUUCCUCUUCCUGCUAAUAGUCUUGCGCCAGGACAUUCUCCAUCGAAGAGCCCUGGAAGCCAAGGACCUCUUCGCCAUAGAGUAUGGGAUUCCCAAACACUUUGGCCUCUUCUAUGCUAUGGGCAUCGCGCUGAUGAUGGAAGGAGUGCUCAGUGCUUGUUACCACAUCUGCCCUAAUUACUCCAACUUCCAAUUUGACACGUCCUUCAUGUACAUGAUCGCUGGCCUCUGCAUGCUGAAGCUCUACCAGACCCGCCACCCGGACAUCAACGCCAGCGCCUACGCCGCCUACGCCUCCUUCGCCUUCGUCAUCACACUCACCGUCCUCGGAGUGGUGUUUGGAAAAAAUGACGUGUGGUUCUGGCUUAUCUUCUCUGUGAUCCAUAUACUUGCCUCCCUGGCCCUCAGCACCCAGAUCUACUACAUGGGUCGUUUCAAGAUAGACGUGUCUGACACAGAUUUGGGGAUGUUCCGGCGGGCCGCCAUGGUGCUCUACACGGACUGCAUCCACCAGUGCAGCCGCCCUCUGUACAUGGACAGAAUGGUGUUGCUCGUCGUCGGGAAUCUGGUUAACUGGUCCUUCGCCCUCUUUGGACUGAUCUACCGACCCAGGGACUUCGCUUCCUACAUGCUGGGCAUCUUCAUCUGUAACCUGUUGCUCUACCUGGCCUUUUACAUCAUCAUGAAGCUCCGCAGCUCUGAGAAGGUCCUCCUCAUCCCGCUCUUCUGCAUCGUGGCCACUGCUGUGCUGUGGGCUGCUGCCCUGUACUUUUUCUUCCAGAAUCUCAGCAGCUGGGAGGGAACCCCGGCCGAAUCCCGGGAGAAGAACCGGGAAUGUAUCCUGCUGGAUUUCUUUGAUGACCAUGACAUCUGGCACUUCCUGUCUGCCACUGCCCUAUUUUUCUCCUUCUUGGUUUUGUUAACCCUGGAUGAUGACCUAGAUGUGGUUCGGAGGGACCAGAUCCCUGUCUUCUGAGCCUCCAGCUUUAAGUGGGGGAAGAGGGAACCGUCGAUCUUGGUGCUGUUUCACAAAAACACAUCGGGCCUACAGCACAGGACCCACUGCCAAAUGCUCCGCACAGCCCUCGUGGAGUCGGCUCUGCCCACACUCGCACGCACGGGGAGGGCCGGAGCAGAGGAGAUUCAAAUCUGCACGAAGAGGGGGAAGAAAGGAAGCUGUGGACAGGGGCAAGUUCUGAACAGUGGAGAAAGCCCCAUCCCCUUAUGCUGCAACUCUGAAACCACAGAAACACUGCAUCCGUCAGUUUGCUGUCUUGGGACCCCCCACCUCACCUGGGACUCACCAGCAAUGGCAGAAUGAUGCUGCACUUUUCCCUCCAGCCACCCCCAAGCCCACGAAAGCCAGCAGCCCGGAUUCCCCGCCCAGAAACUUAGGUGGGCCCCUGUGCACCUUUGCGACAUCUGCUGCUCUAGACAUCUCAAAGAACCAGCUCGCUGCUCCAGGGUUAUGGGAUGUCGUGGUGCCUUGGAGUCUGGUAGCCGGUGGACCGGAGGCCCUACCCCACUGGGAUAGAUGUUUUAUCAGCAGCAGCUCGUCACCUCCUCAGAAGGAAUGCUGUUUGUUUCCCCCAGGUUCCUGACCUCUUUAGGGAGACUCUGGAUUGAGCCUUGUCAUACACUCUUCCUAACUCAUCCCUGGGACCAGGGCUUGGGUGCUUACUUCUUCCUUAGUGUCUUCAUCUCAUUGCUGUGUGCUGACCCCAUAACUCAGGCUCUGCCUUCUUGAGAAGAAGGGACCAGGCCCUGUUGCUCCACAGACCGGCUCUAAGAUGGCAGGGAAAGUGAGAGAACUUUUCUACCAGCAGGAGGAGCAAGAGAAACGACCGACAGUGCUGAGAGAGAGGGGAUGUCAGUCAGCAUCAAGCAAACAGGCCCCACCCUAAGGACUUGGGCUCCUGGAACUAACGCAGCCACAGCCGAGGCAAAAGCACUUCCACCUGCCUCCAGUCCAACCAGCACAAUUCUGUGCCCACAGCACCUUCGGGGAAGGAGUGAGUGUUUAGCCAGGGACGCUGCACUAGGGGUCCUCUCCUACUGACCGGGCCCCUUGGUGGCCACUUUAUGCCUCCAGACGUUCUCCCUGGAGUUCUCAAGAAGUGACUCUCAGGAUGAAUGCAUGUCACUGUAACUCCCUAGUUUCAGAGAGCACAGAGGAUUUAGGAUUGUCUUGCUUGCACCUAAUGAUUCUCAUGGUCUCCCCAGCAAGGCCUUGAGAGCCCAGCAGCCCACUUCCCUCCUCACCAUCUGCCAGCUCGGCCCCCGAGAGUCCCAUUCUGACCAGGCUCCUUGUUGCCUGCGUACAAUGGAACUGGGAAACGCGCUCGCCAGUGUGCACACACAGACGUGUUUGCCCGUGGAACUGAAGUCACCUCUCACCUCUGCUUUCCUGAUCCUUCAUCAGAGAAAUGGGUCAGCCAUUCUUUUUAAAGAAAAACUUGUUAUCCUGUCUCUGAAAAAUCUGCAUAAUGUUCAAAACACAUUUUGGAAGUUGAACAGCAAAAUUUGCCUCAUUUAAAAAACACAAAGAUGCUGUUAAUGAAAUAUUUUAUUAUUUCAUCAGAUUGGUAAUUGGUCUUCUGUUACUCUUUAUUCCUUAAAAAUUGUUGGCAUCCCAUCCUGGGGACAAAAUCCUUGCCUCAUGCGAUCAUAGUACAAUCAGAUAAGUUAAUACUGGUGAAAGUGUUCUAUAAAAGAAAAACUCCCGUGCAAAUGUAAAAAUAUUGUUGGCUUCCGUAGGCCACAAGAAGGUGAGCUAUCACGUGGUUGUGUUAGUCUAACGUCUAAAAGAAAUUUCAAAUCUGUUUAACGAUGGUUGGUUUGAACCAAUUCUUUUCUUUUAAUGGGCUUAUGGUUUCAAAUCCCCUUAGAAAAGAUCCACUAAGAAAUGUAAACAAAGACUGUUCGAGAAGCCCUGUGGCCUGAAGUAAAUAAACUCUAAGACUCGUUGCGCUUCGGAAGCGUGUUUGAGAGGCACAUCCUUGGCCACAGGGAUGGGCCUGUAAAACCCGGUGAAUCGGGCUGCUGUAUUCUGGACCAUUUUCCCACGUCUGUGUUGCGUCGUAAACCCACACAUUGUGGUCAGCUUUGUUCUCCACAGCAGGACUAGAAACCCAGCCCACUCUUAUACACGUCAAGUCUAAAGGUGCUCGUUGCUCAUUCUUCCUGCGGUGCCCACCUUGUGGCUGGAGGACUCAAGGAAGUGGCUGGACUGCACCUGCAGGGUGGAUAGGAGUGCAGGGUCGAGGGGCGAGCAGAGAUUCUCAGGGCUGCCUGGCCCCUUGUCCCUCCGUACUUAGUGCAAUGCCUGUGCGACUUCUGCCUGAGCUCGUGGACUUCACUCUCUAAAAGAACAGGGAAGGCAACUCUGAAAGCCUGUUCAGCAGAAGGGGAACUGGAGAAAAACAGCCACUGAGAAGAGGCCGCUGGCAGAGCAGGCCCAGAGGUAACAAGAGUAGUUCAGCUGGAGCAGGACAGCGAUGUGGCAGCCAGAGGGCAAGCGGUCACAUAAAAAAUACCCCCUUCACACCUCUGAUGAAUGCCGGAGAGGCCACUCCACCUGUUGAUGCUGAAUGGUUGAGGGCUUAGCCCGGCUUUAUUUUAGCAGCAGUUGAGGCCAGUGGAAACCAGAGUCUAUCUGAGGAUGGGACUUUCCAUGACUGAAGGAGGUCACCGAGCCAGCUCCCAGGACAAGGAAAGUGGCAGCUGCUUCCUUUGUAGCUCCAAACAGCCACCAGAAUGCUCUGUGGGACCACAAAAUGCAUGUGUCAGUGAAUUAAAUAAUACACAAAUGUUUGUCAUUCUGGGAGGUAGCCUCCCUGUAUAAAACUUGGGGGAAAGAGAGAAGCAAAAAUAAACACUUUUCAUAAAAGGAAUAGUAGAGUUGGAGAAGGAUUCUCGAGUCAGACUUUAGUCCAAACACAUUUGCCAUGUGACCUUUGGCGAGUUGCUGGACCUCUAGGAUUCUCACCUUCCCUGUCCACCUGAUGCUAACACAGCACGAGGGUGACAAAGGCGGAGAUGUGCAGACUCCACCGAAACCAGCUGUUCUGUUCCCUGUCCUCAGUUCCAGGAGGCCCUGGGGGGUGGGAAGCCACCUGACCUUCAGAGAUUCUUCAGACUAUCCAAGCUCCCAGCCCUGGCCUGGUCCUUGCCCUUUUUUCUGCAUUUUACUGCCUCUAGCCCUUAAAACUCAUAUUCCAUCUCAGAUGAUAAAUUGCCACCACAGCUGGGGCCACAUGGGAAGUCUAGCUGGGUAUGAUGUCACACUUCAUUGUUGCCUUCUCUGCCCUGGGUGUUCUCCUCCCUCAGUAGCUAUUACUACUGUGCUUCGGGGCUGCCAUGGGCAGAUGUCCCCCACCCUCUCCCUGCCCUGGCCACCAAAUGUGCUGUGGGGAAAGCAGGGUGUUCAGCUUAUGCGAAGAAGGGCUUCAGCCCACCGGUGACAAAACAGGUCCCCCAAAGAGGAAGCAUGAGCGGUCACUCAGGUUUGGAAAUGACUCUAGUGUCCUCUGGUGAAAUUUAGGAAGAACAUUAUGAGUAAGAUAAUGAGUAAGAGAGAACAUACCAUUUGCCUUUGCCUGAAGCAAUGUAAACCCUUACUUACCAUUAUUCUGCCCAGUUAAAAGUAGGGUGGUUUUUUGUUUUUAGUGGGUUUUUUUGCCUUUUUUUUAUGCUGUUUGAAGAAGAUAAACCAAUGUGGCUAAGUUUUAGUAUCUCCUCUAUAUGAAGGCGCCAGUGUCAGCAAGGUUAAGCGCCUGCUAAAUCUUAGGUCUUAACACACCUGAAUUCAAAUAGGCUUGGGGAGAGGUGCAGAUCAGCCAGCUCCACCACUGAGUUUCUGAAAGGCCACAGUAAUCGAGUUUCCACUUGGAUGGGGCUCCUCCACGAAAAGACCUCAUUCUCUGAGCUCCAGGGAGGGGCUGGAAUUCAUCCUACGGCUUUCCUGAAGUGUGAUCUUUCUAUUCUCAUUAAACUGCAAAGAAGA